GGGCGGGGGAAUAGGCACUAUAGUUCUGUGGCAAGUAGAGCUGAAAUGAAUUUUCUCCAUUAGAUUUGCCUCAGUGAAUUUUGACGGCAAGAGCAUUCUAUGGGUGGAUGUAUAUCUGGAAAAUAUUUGAUACUGAACUUGCAGUAGGAGUCAACAUAUGACGAACCUCAUCUGUGGCAAUUAGUGUUUGACAAUCUGGCCUGUGAAUGCAACAAGGCCAACUUCCAGUAGUGUAUUUUUUUUUGUAGAUGUUUUCUUAUUUUUAGAACUUGUAGUUUCAUUUUUAGAACUAAGAACUGGUACAUGAGAUUGCUUCGUUCCUCCUCCCACCCAGUCUAUUUUCCUUUCGUGUCAUGUAUUUUUAGAUUAUAAUUCCAAGGGCAGAGGCUACCUUUUCUUUUAGUGAUUUGUUACCUGAUCUAGCAUUCUUUUCCAGUUGAGGGGAUAAAAUUUCUUAAACAACCAACCAAACAGAACACUACCUGAAUUUCCAGAGAACUAAAGGUAUUUUUCACCCUAUGCAUACAUCUUGAAAUUAUUCAUGAUUAGUCACUCCAUGUGAGGAGAUUUGGGGAACGCCUAAUUUUGUAACCUUAGCUCUGGGGCAUACCAGAAGGUUCUUGGUGCCAAGUCAGUUGCUUCUAUUAGAACCGGCUUUCCAAUUCCAUUGGCUGAAGUAAAGAUGCUAAUUUUCUUUUAUACCUUUUGAUUUGGUCAUAUGCUCUGAGAAAACAUAUCUGAGCAGAAAUAAUGACUUCUGUGAAAAAUGAAUAGGCUAUUAAUGGUGGACUUCCCUGUUCCUCGGAAGCCGGGAUGGGCAACCUGCCAUGUCCCACGUCUAGUUGGACUCCGACUCCCAUUGGCCCCAUCUAGCUUGGGCAAUAGGGUGAUGACUUUUUCAUUUUUCUCUCUCAGAAAUUAUUUCCUGUAGCACAAAUGAAUGAACUUGUGCCUAUUAAUGACUAAAAUGAGGUAUAUUCCAUUGAAAUAUUUAAAAAGGUCACGCAUAAACCGUUUUUAUUUUUUUUGCAUGCCGUUUUACCAUUUCAUAAAAUUUAUUAAGAAUUCUAUAUAUAUUUCGUAUCAAAUUUGGACACAACACCACAUUCCACAAUGGGGAAUGUUCUUAGCAACAUAGGGUAUACAAAUGUCACACCUGUGCAAGGUAAAAGCCCCUUUUGGGGACCUCAAAACUCAGCCAGCAGACCCUGCCGGACAUGCUGGGGGAAAAAACCUACAGGAGAGGUAGCAAAACAUCGUCCUCUAGCGGCGUCUAUACUGUUACUGCAGCUAAAAAAAGCUUCCUUGUGUGUUUGAUGACCCUGUAUAAUGUUGUAUAUAUGUGACUCUAAAGCUUGGGUUCAAUUUUAUAUCUGCUUACAGUGACUUCAAAAAUGGUCAAAAAACUGGUAAAUAAAAUUUUAAAAAUCAUUUUGUGUGUGAGGUUUUUUUAAAUCAAAUCUCUUUGAAAGUAAGAUUUUAUUUAAUUUUUAAUGAAAGCUCAUCAAAUUAUGAUUCAGGGAAAUGAGGUUGUAAAAAAGUCAUCACCCUAUUGGGCAAUGUUCAGGGAUGAUGGGAGUUGUAGUCCAGCAAACCCCUGGAGGGCCGCUGGUUCCCACCUCUCUUUAAAAUGCAUGAAAAAGUAGCAAAACAUGCACAAUUGUUAUUCAAUCUCAAGAGGACAGUCAAUCUCAAGAUUUCUUGGUUUGGGAGCCUUUGCAGUUAAAAAAACGAAUGAUAUUCGUCGUGUAUAGACGUGUGCUUGGAAGAGUUUAAAUGGACAUUAGCAGAAGGUGUGGCAAGAAUCCUGGGUUGUGACCUCUGUUGGGCCAAAUUUUGUCGCUGACGUGCUUCAGAGUAAAUAAGCGAGGUAUUGUUUUCAACCAGCUAUUACUUAUUUGUUUGGAAGUGUCCUGGAAAUGUUGCUCUGGGUUCUGCCUCCUCCCUGCCCCUCUCUUAUCUUACAAUACAUCGACUUUUCUAAUUGUCCUGUCAUUCAAAAUGGCUUCUUUUUUCCCCCCAGGCCCUCCUGCCACUUGCGCUAAUGUCAUGUUUUUUUAGUAGCAAGCCUUGCUCAUGUUUUGGUGCAAAUUCCCUUUUGUUCCCAUGACCCCAUGUAGUCUUCUGACCUAGAAUGUUCCACAUUGCUCCUUGCUCGGCGGUUCAAGCAUCGCCGCUAACACGCUUUGAUUCCCGAGUCCUUCCAUUUUUUUAAAAAAUAAUUUUUAUUAGUUUUAUAUAACAACACAAAAAGACAAAACAUUAAAAGAAAACAUUUCUGCCCACCUUCCCCCCCUCCCCCCGCAAGUCCCCUUCUGCCACAAGUGGAUCCUGCGGGUGUUGAGAGUCGAAGGUAGUCCAUUUUAAAGCUGGGUUUGUCCUCACCCCCCUCUCCCCAGCCCCUGCCACCAGGGGGCCCCGAGACAUAAGGAGAGAUUGGGAUAGGGAACCCCCCCAACCAUUUAUAUCUUUCAGCAUAGUAGACAGACAAACAAACAAAUAAAAAUUUCAAAUUCUUAAUUUGUUAGACAUUGUAAUUGUGACUUCCUCAGAUCCCUUCUUCCUGAUUUUCAUAAUUCUAAAAUAUAAUUAUGGCGGGUUUCUUAUUCUUAUUUCCAAUUCUAAUUCUUAAAACUCAACAUUAUUUUCCUCCUUCUUCGUGCCACCUCCCCACAGGUCCCCUCCUGCCACAAGAGGCACCCAUGAGGUGCGACCAUCCAAGGGAGGUCUGAUUUGUAAUUGGGUUUCCUUCCACCCCUCCCUCCCCACCCCAAAGCCCCCCGAUUCCCGAGUCCUUCCAACUUCCCUCAGCCUUUUUCCUCUCAGCGUUAUUUUCGAAAUGUGGCUUCGUUGUUUUGACCUUUUUCUCGAGCCACACCAUCCAGCUGUUCUGGAUGGAAAUUCGGAAAUGGCGUGGUGGCGGUUUUGAGGCGGUGGCGUUGAAGCAAAAGUUCGUUGUUGAGCAAAACUUCUAUUUCUUCAAGCGCCUAGCUGCUUUAACGAGUGGGUUCAACUUCCCUGGUGCGAGGAAAACAGGAACCUGGCUAUUACCAAGGUGAUGCCAUUGGUCCAUCUAGUUUAGUGCUAUCUACACUGACUGGCAGCAGCACUGCAGGUUUUCAGGCAGGGAUAUGCUGGGUGUUGAACCUGGGACUUUGUGCAUGUGAAACAUGUGCACAUUCAACCCUGAGCUACGAGCCUUUCUCACAGAUAACCGUUUCCAACAUUUGUAUAACCAGCAUGAUCUAGCCUUGCCGGCAUCUGUCUGUCUCGAGAGACAAUGGAGGAGUGUGCCUUUGGGCGAGAAGUCAAACUGUUGGGACCGAUGCAGGAGAGACAUGUUUUGUUGCAGCUGGGGCAGGUGAAGUUCUUCUGAUGCUCUGUGUCCUAUUGAUUAAAAUCAGCAGGAGUUAAAACCAUGCUCGGUGUGGACUGCAGCGUGCCCUUAGUUUGCAGGGGGUGUAAUGGGUACAAACUGUUGUAACAUCAGCACCACCUUCCGCCCUGCCUUGCUUCUUGUUCUGUGAAUAAAUUCAUUGUCCACAUUUAAAAUAAAAUAAAAAAAUCGUCCAUCAGAAUCAGAUAUGUUAACUGUCGUGCAUGCCAGGUUCUCUACGGAUGGCACUGAUUUGGCUUGAAUAAUAAAGAUAUCAGCCUGUAUUCCUGGAGUAAUGCUGCAUUAAUCAGACUUGCUGGAAUGAUCACAUGGUAUUUUAUUGCCUUUCCCUGCGAGCUGCUGCUUGUCAGCAGCUGGUUGAGCUGCAGGCUGCAGGCCAGUAUCUGCAGCCUCUUUUCUCCCAGAAGCUUUCCAGCACAUAGCUCUCAGUUAUGUCUGCAGCUUGACCAACUAAAUGUUUCUCCUGCGCCUUACGGAGUGGAUUUUGCAGACCUCAAAGGCCUGUGUAUUAUUCGUUCCUAGGCCAUGUAUGCAUUUGAAGAAUUCAGUGAACAGAGUAUUUGCCAAGCCCGGGCGUCAGUUAUGGUCUACGACGAUACCAGCAAGAAAUGGGUGCCAAUAAAGCCCGGCCAACAAGGCUUCAGCCGAAUCAACAUCUACCACAACACUGCCAGUAACACAUUUAGAGUAGUCGGAGUUAAACUACAAGAUCAGCAAGUAGUGAUCAAUUAUUCAAUUGUGAAAGGACUAAAGUACAACCAGGCGACACCAACAUUCCAUCAGUGGCGCGAUGCGCGGCAGGUCUAUGGGCUGAACUUCGCCAGCAAGGAGGAGGCGACCACGUUCUCAAACGCCAUGCUGUUUGCCCUGAAUAUCAUGAACUCUCUGCAGGAUGGAGGUCCAACAACCCAACGCCAGGUUCAAAAUGGACCCUCUCCAGAUGAAAUGGAGGUUCAGAGACGGCAAGCCAUGGAGCAGCAGCAGCGCCAGGAAUCUCUGGAAAGAAGGACCUCUACCACAGGCCCCGUCCUUCCACCAGGCCACCCCUCGGCUGGGAUACCCACUUCCUCUGGUGGUCCACCUCCGCCUCCUCCCCCGCCUCCUCCCCCUUCGGGCACUGUGCCACCCCCGCCGCCCCCCUUGCCAGCAGGCGUCGGAGGGUCCGGCACUGACGACGGGUCCGUGUCGGGACUAGCGGCAGCUCUGGCUGGUGCCAAACUAAGGAGAGUACAACGGCCAGAGGACGCAUCAGGAAGUGGUGCUUCCAAGGGCGAUGCCAAUCGGACGAGUAGUGGUGGAGGCGGACUAAUGGAAGAAAUGAAUAAACUACUGGCAAAAAGGAGGAAAGCAGCGUCACAGUCGGACAAGCCAGCUGACAAAAAAGAAGAGGAAAGCCAAAACGAAGAGGCUAGCACCUCUCCUUCCCCCAGUACGCGAGGCCCUGUUCAGCAGCAAAAUUCCUCAGCAGAUGCUGGAAAGAAGCCUUGGGAGAGAAGCAACUCUGUGGAAAAACCCGUCACUGCGCUACUCUCUAGAAAUCCAUCAGUGGGGAGGAGUCCUGAACCAAAGAGCCCCAUUCAGUUCCAACCAUCCUUUAGGAUGAAGCCUGCAAGCAGCAGCAAUGACGUGGCCAUGGACACCUUAGAUUUUGAUCGCAUGAAACAAGAAAUAUUGGAGGAAGUUGUAAAAGAAUUACACAAAGUAAAAGAAGAGAUAAUCGAUGCCAUCAGGCAAGAGUUGAGUAGAAUCAGCACGACAUAAUGGCCAUGGAACCAUGCUAGAAGCCACCUAGGAUGUGAAAGGCAACUGGAUCGUUUCCGAGCAUCCCAAGACCAUGCGAGAUGGUGAAAGAGGACUCCUGGCUCUUGUCUUUUGUUCUUAAAUCCUUUUUAUUAGCAGACUCAGCAGACUUUGAGGCUUGCUGCUGCCUUGGAUUUGCGUCAUUAAAAAAAACAAAAAAACAAAGAGAGAGAGAAGUCUUAAAAUCUUAAAAAAGAAAAUAUUAAAAUUUAAAUUUCUGGAUUUUUUAAAAUUUCAUCUGACAAUGCACAUCAGAGUCGGUCAGCCUUUUUGUAUUUUGUAUUUGCUUAUUUAAAUGUAUGACUUUUUUUUUAGUAUAUAGUAGGUAAGGAAACACGUGAACCAUUCGCUUUUACUAGAUGACUUCAGAGUAAUUUUACUGGUAGACUGCAAUGUAAAUGAAGACCUUUUUUUUUUUUUUGCCAACAAAACCUUAUUUGUGGCAUCACCUGAAGAGGCCGAACGAUGCCCAGCUGUCAGACAGCAAGUCCCUGGUCUCAGAGCUAUCACAAUAUUACAGCGGUACAUCAUUGCUUCACAGUAUCUGUGUUCAUAUUGGUAAUAAACUGUUCAUUGUC